AUGGCGUUCACCGGCCCGUCUGCCGAUGCCUCUGCCGUCCCGCCACCGGCGCCCUCUGGCGCAGCCCCGCCGCCAUACGGCGCGGUCGCCGCCUAUGGCGCGUCCGGUGUCAUCCACAUGCAGCCGGGCCCGCCAAUGCAGCCGGCCCAGGGCACUAGGUGGGCCCCGCACUACCCGCAGGCUCUCCCCGCGGGCCACCACGCGUUCAUCGGCGCGCCUUACCAGCCGACUGGCGCCGGCUACGGCACCCUCCUUGCGCCGCCGCCCGUUGGCGGUUAUGGUCCACCCGUCCUGGCGCCACCCUACGGGGCUCUCUCGUCGCCGCCUUCCCUUGGUGGUUAUGGCCCGCCCACUCCGGCGCCGCCUUACGAGGGCCUCCUGCCACCACCGGUACCUAUGUCAUGGGACCCCACCCUCCUCGCCGUCCAGCACUCUGCGUCGUCGCUGAGUAGCUCUGUCGGUGGAGGCGACUGGUACAUGGACUCAGGUUCCUCCGGCUUCGGCCCCUUCGGCGCCGGCCCCCGCGCCCCCUUCAUGGAGCGAUGCGCGGUGGCACCCCCCGGCAUGGCGCCUUCUCCCGCCACCACACGGCUUCGUGACUCCCUCCCCCGAGGUCGAGUCUGA